UUACCUCAUUAGCAGUGUUGCAUGCCCGAUGUUAAAAUAAAAUUAAACACUGUAUAUAAUGGUCUUGAUGAAAUACUCUUCAGGGCAGGGUGGUGGGCUCAAACGGUCCUCAAGACCUGAACAGGCUCGAAGCCCUGAUGUUGUGAUUUGUUAUUCUGACAGUGAGGCGUGGGAUUACAUGCCACUUGUAAGAAGUGUAAUCCCAGCUAAUCUGGGAUUCAGUUUCACUCUGCACUGUGGACACAGCCUCAGACUGGAGAGGACUGGGAGUAUGGAGAUACAAAUGGCCUGCCUGAGUACAGGGUUUGUCUGCUGAAGGAUGUAUCUGCUGGUCCUCGUUCACAUCCUGCAGUUGUUCCUGUUGGCCGUCGACUCCUGUCCAGCUACAUGUACCUGCACGACUGGGAACAGUAGAACAGCACAGCUAAGGUUGGUGCAGUGCAGUGACCCUGGAAUUUCAGCUGUUCCCAUUAACGUCCCAGCUGACACGGUCAAACUGCGGCUAGAGAAGACCUCAAUCUCCAGGGUGCCCCGGGCAGCCUUCUACAACCUAUCAGAACUGCAGUUCUUGUGGCUGGCCUACAACUCCAUCACGUCCAUCCACCCCAGCAGCUUUGUCAACCUGAAGGCCCUGCGAGAGCUGCGUCUGGAUGGGAACCUCCUGACGUCUUUCCCCUGGGAGGGGCUCAGGGACAUGCCCCUCCUCCAAACUCUGGGUCUCCACAACAACCAUCUGUCCAGCCUUCCUGCCCAUGCUGCACUCUUCCUCCCCAACAUCACCUACCUCGACCUGUCCAGCAACAGGCUGACUAUUUUACCUGCCGAACUGCUGGACCUUUGGUUUCCUCUCCCAGGACAGGGCAGACCUGUACAAAGACGGAUUCUGGGUCUCCAUGACAACCCUUGGUUGUGUGACUGCCAGAUCUCCUUGGUGAUGUCCUUGUCCAUGUCCCUGGGGAGUCCUGUAGUCCUCAUGGACCAGAUGCUGAUGUGCAGCAGGUCUCCGGGUCAGUCAGGGAUGCUGCUGACCCAGGCUGAACUCCCCCGCUGUAUGAGGCCCUCAGUCCAGCCUGCAGCCACCAGAGUCAUCUCUCCACUGGGCAGUAAUGUAAUCCUUCGCUGCGACGCAACUGGCUACCCAACACCGACACUGACCUGGAUCAAAACCUCAGCCCACGUUGAUUGUUGCCGGCAGAACAUCCUUGAGAGCUCUGAACAGCUACCCAGGAAUCUGGAGAGCUUUAUGCAGGAAUCUCCUCGAGUCGGGGUUCGCUGGUCAAUAAUCAGCCUGAAUGGGUUAUCAUACAAGGAUGCUGGUGAAUAUCGCUGCCAGGCACGGAACAUGGCAGGAAUAUCUGAAGCUCCCAUUAAACUGAGGGUGGUGGGCAUCACAAGACUAUCCCGUCUUCCAAAGAAGAAGUCCCAAAAGACUCCACCCAAAUCAACAUCAAAAUAUGGGAAGUCAAGUCAGAAUCCAGCUACUUUCAACACCCCCUCAAUGAGGGAAAAUCAGAUACUCCAAAACACCCAACGGCCUUCUGUUAACAAGACUGGCCCUAACCUUGUAUCCGAAGGGCUCAUUAAAAGGCAAAAAAUGAACAAUCCAGAUGCAAAGAAAAAGACCCAGACAUCCGUCAAGUCUACACCUGAGCCCUCAGGCAACUCUGCAACUGUUCUUUUGUCAGAAACACGUAUGAGAUAUGAAGAAGAUGGUCAGGGUCAGUGACUUCAGUGUGAGGUGCAAAUAAAACCUCUAGUUUUAGU